CACUCUCGACUCGGCGCGUGUAAAAGAGAUUUGACAUCUAAAAGACAAAGGAGUCUCUGUGAGUUCGUGUAGCACUGGACUGAGCACAGAUAAGUCCAUUUUUAGUCCUCCUCUUUUCUUCAAUCUUUCUUUAAUGACCCAUUCACCAGCAACAUACCACCAUUUUCAAUAUCUUGAUUCUUGAUUGGUUUCUGUGACUUCCAGUGAUUACAGAUCCCUAUCUUCUGUUUUCUGUUUUUUUUUUUGUUUUUCUUUUUUCAUGGAAGCAAACUCAAACGCUAGCAUCGCCAUUCAUAGUAAGUUACAAAAGAAGCAAAAAAGAUGGUUUCUUUUAUUAAUAUCAUCACUAUUACUAUCAACCCUUUUAAUCUUUAUCACUAUAACAUCCUCUUCUACUCGUACCCAGUUUCUUUAUCUUUAUCCCCAUCAAUAUAUCACCAAAAAGAAUAGUUUCCCUUUUGAUGUUCCACAUUUUGUGGAAUCAAAACUACCUAAACCUGUUGUUUCAUCACUUGCAAUACCCCGUCUCGCGUAUUUAAUAUCUGGCUCAGCUGGAGAUGGUGUGAAUGCAAAAAGGACAUUGAAAGCUUUGUACCAUCCGAGGAAUCAGUAUGCCGUGCAUUUAGACUUGGAGGCGUCGGUGGAGGAGAGAUUGGAGUUGGCCAAGUGGGUAAGGGAAGAGAAGGUUUUUAAACAAGUCGGGAAUGUGAAAGUUAUUGUUAGGUCUAAUUUGGUUACUUAUAGAGGGCCUACUAUGGUUAGUAAUACUCUUCAUGCUGCUGCUGUUUUGUUGAGAGAUGGUGGUGAGUGGGACUGGUUUAUCAAUUUAAGUGCUUCUGAUUAUCCCUUGGUGACUCAAGAUGAUCUGCUUCACACUUUGUCUGGCAUUCCAAGAAAUCUUAAUUUUAUUGAGCACACUAGUGACAUCGGUUGGAAGGAGUAUCAGAGAGCUAAGCCUGUCAUUAUUGAUCCAGGGCUGUAUAGCUUGCAAAAGUCAGAUGUUUAUUGGGUGUCAGAGAAAAGAAGUGUGCCAACAGCUUAUAAAUUGUUUACAGGUUCUGCUUGGAUGAUGCUCUCUCGCCCCUUUAUGGAGUACUGCCUGUGGGGCUGGGACAACCUCCCAAGGAUAGUCCUCAUGUACUAUGCAAACUUCCUCUCUUCGCCUGAGGGGUAUUUCCACACAGUGAUUUGUAAUGCUGAGGAAUUCAAGAACACAACGGUUAACCAUGAUCUUCAUUUCAUAUCUUGGGACAACCCUCCAAAGCAACACCCUCAUUUUCUCACUGUUGAUGACUACCAGAGGAUGGUUGAUAGCAAUGCACCCUUUGCAAGGAAAUUUGGCAGGAAUGAGCCAGUUCUUGACAAGAUUGACUCUGAGAUUUUGGGUCGCAGUGCUGAUGGGUUCGCACUAGGUGGUUGGUUCAAUAAUGAAGGACAUGAAAAUAUGACUAUCCCAGACAAUAUCAGGACGAACAACACUGAACUUAAGCCUGGUCCUGGUGCUCAAAGGCUCAAGCGUCUGAUCACCAGUAUUUUGUCAGCAGACGAUUUUCAUUCAAGUCACUGCAUCUGACACAGUGACAUUUUGAUUUUUCAGAGAAAUAAUGAUGCGGAAAGGCACAGUUUUAACUUGGUCAUUGAUGGAUCCUAUGUUCCAUUGAUGACGAAAGACUGUUAUAGUGGAACAAAUAACAAGCUAUAGGAACAAAUGGGGGAAGAAAACUACUCCCUCACUAGAAUAUAUGAUACAUACGUAGUUUUUUUUAGCUCAAUUGCUAAAUAGGCGAUAUGUAGCUCACCGUAUCAUUUGUUUUACAUCACAUAUUAGAUGUCUGCCAAUCACAGUUUGCCACGUAUUAAUUCGUAUA